AUGUUCGAGGCAGACUCGCACCUCAGUCGCGUUCACGAUGCACAAGCACGAAGUGUACCAGAGGGAAAUGCUUGUAAAAAACUGGAAGAUCUCGCAGAUACACAUAUAGACGAUCUGGACCGGCUAUCUCUGGCUCUUAUCCAAGCUGGCACAUACAUACAAAUAACCAACAUCAGCGUACCAUCAUACAUCAAGCACUACGACAAAACGUGGAAGGACGUACUACAAGAACGAGGACGCUUUACGCUACAAGAGUAUGCGCGACAACAUCUUGACGACAUGGAUCGCAUCAUACGAGCAGGUGGCCUCGCUGAGCGCGAAGACAGCUAUGAGGACUUCUCGAUAAAAGAUCAGCUCCGUAUUCUGACUACGACGAGAUCAUUCAAGUCUUGCUCGAAGAAAAUCCCCUGA